AUGAUUUCCAUCAAUGAACGCCCAUUUUUGUGGUCCUCUCUUGAAUUAUAUCUUAUCAAUCUCAUCCUGCAGACCUCAUCUCCAAAUUUCAUACAUCAAAUGGAAAACACAGAACAGCCCGUCGAGCAAAAGCCUCCAUUGGAGUCCAGAAUUGGCAAAGACAAACCGUUUACUUUUGGUCAAAGAUUCCUUACGGAUGAAGACCAGGUUUUCAGCCACAACGCCUGGGAUCAUGUCGAAUGGGGACAAGAACAAAUAGACGAUGCUGAAAAACUCAUAGCAAAGCAAUAUGAACAGCCCGUAAACGAGUUCAACAAAAAGCUAUAUAACUCCAACCCAGCAAAAUACUGGGAUAUAUUCUAUCGUCAUAACCAAGAAAACUUCUUCAAGGACCGUAAAUGGUUGCAGAUUGAAUUUCCAUCCUUGUACGAGAUGACUUCUGAGACAUAUGACAAACCAGUCACCAUCUUGGAGGUUGGAUGCGGUGCAGGUAACACAUUUUACCCUAUCUUGAACCAAAACAAGAACCCAAAUUUGAAGAUCUUCGGCUGCGACUACCUGAAGGUGGCAGUAGAUAUCGUCAAGAAAAAUGAAAACUUUGAGCCAGAGCAUGAAAAGGGUAUUGCCUACUCAUCUGUAUGGGACUUGGCAAACCCAGAACAGACCAUUCCCGAGGACAUGGAACCAAACUCAGUGGAUAUUGUGAUUAUGGUCUUUGUCUUCUCAGCAUUGAGCCCCGAGCAAUGGAAGCAUGCCAUUUGCAACCUUAACAAGGUUCUUAAACCUGGCGGCCAGAUCCUCUUCAGAGAUUAUGGUAGAUAUGACUUGGCUCAGGUUAGAUUCAAGAAGGACCGGUUGUUAGAGGACAACUUCUAUAUCAGAGGUGAUGGUACCAGAGUCUACUUCUUCACCGAGGAGGAGUUGAGGACUAUUUUCUGCACCGAUGGUCCAUUUGAAGAGGGAAAUAUUGCAACUGACAGACGACUUCUCGUCAAUCGUAAAAAGCAAUUGAAGAUGUACCGGAUUUGGCUCCAAGCUGUUUUCCGCAAGCCAGAGUAA